AUGUUUCAACAUAAAUUUGGAGCGAGAGCUCUCAUGAGAGAGGGAGGGAAGUACCUGGGAGCGUCGGAAAACUCAACGCUGAGAAACAUAGAGGCAGUUCAAGAAAUCUCAGAUAUGCUGAAGACGUCGCUGGGCCCGAAUAGCAUGAAGAAGCUGAUAGUUAAUCAUAUAGAUAAGAAGUUUGUAACAUCAGACUGUAACACAAUACUGGCGGAAUUGGAAGUAGCACACCCAGUAGGAAAGAUACUGACGUCGGCAGUAGAAGCACAAGACCAGCAGUUCGGAGACGGAACGAACACACUGGUGGCACUGUUAGGAGAACUGCUGUCAAACGCAGGAGAGUUGUUGCAGGAAGGAGUCCACGUGUCAGAUAUAAGAAAGGGCUACGAAAUAGCAUUUAAUAAAGUGUUAGAACAACUACCAAGUUUGAUAUGCCAUGAAGUAAAGGACCUGCACGACACAGAAGGACUUAAGACAGUGCUGCACAGCGCAGUAAACUCGAAGUUUAACUACAUGUCAGAGCCAGUGACGAAGCUGGUGGCAGAGUCAGUGGCGUCAAUCAUGCCAGCAGACCCGAAAAACUUUGACGUGGAGAACGUGAGAGUGGUGAAGUUGACGGGAGGCUCACUUAGAGAGUCAAAGGUAGUUAACGGUCUAGUGUUGCUGAGAGAGCCGCAGGGAGCAGUGAAGAAGGCAUACAACUGCAGAGUGAUGGUGCUGUCAGUAGGCCUGGAGUUUGCAGGGACAGAAACCAAGGGAACAGUACUGCUGAAAACAGCAGAACAGCUGCUUAACUUCACGAAGGGAGAAGAGAAGGAAAUGGAAAAGGUAAUAAGAAGCGUUAAGGACAGAGGAGUGGGAGCAAUAGUGUGCAACGGAGCAGUGUCAGAGCUGGCACUGCACUACUGCAACAAGUACGAAAUACUGGUGCUGAAGCUGACGUCAAAGUUCGACCUGAGAAGAGUGUGUAGAGCAACUAGGUCCCAGGCACUGAUGAGCCUUAAAGUUAACGUAAACGAAGAACUGGGGUACGUGGACAGCAUGGAGUUGAUAGAGAUUAGCAGCAAGAGGUGCGUAAUAAUAAACGCAAAGGACUCGAGAGUAAACACAAUAGUGCUCAAGGGAGCAACAAUGAACCAACUGGACGAAGUGGAAAGAGGAAUAGACGACGCAGUGGCACUGGUAGACAACAUGAAGGAAGACGGAAGGUUCCUGGCAGGAGGAGGAGCAGUGGAGCUGGAGCUCUCGACGAAACUGAAAAAAUUCAGCAGCACAGUGGCAGGACUGGAAAGAUACGCAGUGGAGGCAUUCGCAAAGGGACUGCAAGUCGUGCCGAAAAUACUGGCGACAAACGCAGGAGUGGACGCGGAAACGCUGCUGACACAGCUGCUGAGCCUACACGAAAACGGAAACGCCUACACAUCAGUGGACGUGGAAACAGGAAGCCUGGGAAACGCAAAGGAAAUGAAGGUGUUCGACCACUACGAAACGAAAAGGAACCUGCUGAGUCUGUGUUACGAGGCGCUUAUGACAAUCCUGACAGUGGACCAAAUAAUAGUAGCGAAGCCAGCAGGAGGACCGAAGCCACCAAAACAAAGACCAGACCUGUAA